AUGUCAGAUGAGGUAUUUACAGGUGGGGCCACUACUUCACAACAUGUGGAUGCUGAAGAUGACGAUCAUUUUGAAAACACCACAUUCAAGUUGAAAAGAACAAGGUCUUUAGGUCUUCUUGAUGAAUUCAUACCUGAGAAAGUUAAAGAGCAGUCGUUGGCAGCAGGAACAACGCCGAGAAAUAGAAAUAACGGCGUCGACACUACAACACCACCAUCAAACGAUCAACCCGAUAGCAAUAAUACCAAUAGCAAUCAAUCAACAUCGGUGUCGUCCUCGCCAUCGCCUGUUCCUUCUCCUACUUCUGGACCAGCUCUCAACUUGCAGUCUCCUGAAUUGAUUCCAUACGAUGAUACUAAUGUGGCGGCAGAACCUUCCCGCCACGUGGACUACUUGUCUCACCAGUGGGAUGUGUCGGACAUUUCCAAAUCAUGGAGGUACGUGGUGUCGAACAAACACGAUGUGGCAAACGCCGCCCGUUUAGAAAAUGCCUCUUGGAGAACGUGGGCACAAAGAAGAUCAAAUUUAAAAACAAUCAGUCCCGAAGUAGUUAACUGGGCUAAAGACACAGAUGUUACUUGGCUAUAUGGCCCAAUAUUGAAGAACAAAGGUGUGUCUUCCGGUGAUGGGAACGACGAAAAUGAGGAUGAUGUAAACCACGAGCCCACAGCCACCAGUGCCGUUGCAGGAGAUAUAUCAAUACCCAAAAAAUCUAAAAACAAAAAUGCACCAAAACCGAUAUUGAAGAAGCGAACUAUUGAAGAAUCAAUCAUUAGUCAUACAAACUUGCUAAAAUUGGAGUUGGCCUCAAGUAUCCAUCAAAAGAAAAGAGAGCAACAAUUGAAACAACAACAAGAGUUACAGAAGCAGAACCAAGCAACUGAUGAGUAUUUUGACUACAAUGCCCUUCUGAAUAAGUUAAACAGUCAAUAUUCCAGAAAUCAAACCACAGACAAUUCGAGUGUAGCAAGGUUUCAGAAUUUGCUCAAUUCGAGCAACAAGCUGAAUUCAAAUUCAUCGUCACUGAUCAAACAAGAUUCCCAAACCGGAGACCACGCUUCUUCGAAAAACGAUCAAUUAGCAACAGAAGGUGGGGACGACGACGACGACGAGCACGGUGAGAGACAUAUACACUUCAAUGACGUAGUACAACAAUGCGUGGCAUAUGACUCGUUUUCGGAUGGUAAUGACGAGGAGGGUGGUUUUAGCGACUAUGAAGACACAGAUGAAAUAUAUGACGACUACGAUGACCAAGUGAAUGACAAUUUGAUUCGAAGCCAUUUGUAUGAGGGAGAUUUGGAAAAUGAGGAUAGUGGUCUGGACGAAGACGAUGAAGGAGGAUUCUUUUUGAAAGUCAAGUCUAAUUCCAACCCUACUUUGAAAUUGGCACCAAGCCAAGGAUCUUCGCCAUCGAUAAAAAGCCACGACCAAACUGAUCUAGACUCGUUUCCUUCACUUAAACGUUGCACAUCUAUAAAACAUUUACCACCAACCACGUUGAAUUACGGAUCAGAUGAGGAUUCAAGUGACGAGGAUUAUCCAUACACUUCAAGUUUGUCACACAAUGUUGGUAAUGACAUCAGCAGAGGAUAUGAUUACUAUUAUGAUUACAAUUCAGUGUAUCCAAGUGAUCCAUACCAGUAUCAGGGGUCACAAACACCCGAUGUUGUUGAUGUGCCUGAGAAUCUCGACAUGGGAUCCAAUGUGAACUACGAUUUGAUCGACAACAACAACAACAACAACAACAACAAGGAUGUAGCUGUUGGCACCUUGGAACUCAAUGAGCAUGGCGAUAGAGAAGGUAGUGGCAAGGAUGGUGCACUAACAGCAGCAACAUCAACAUCAACAUCAGGAGGGACAGCAGCUGCACCUGCCUCACCUGUUUCUGGUAGCUCACCAGCCUCACCACUUUCUGGACCCAAAACGCCUAUAGCGCAUUUGGGCACUCCCACACACUCAUAUUCGAACCAUAAUAGCCAACUUCAUUCUCAAUCAGUGCAUAUGCCUUUCCAAUUUAGUGAUUCAGAGGACGACGAAGAGGAGGGGUUGAGUAUAGGCACACGAAGAUCAAGUCAAGCCUUGGCUGAACUGAUUUUCCAUGGACAUAACCCGUUGACUGAGAAUAGGAGUUAG